CUUCGACGCUACUCCGACGCGAGAGAAGGAUGCCGUCUCUUGGAACGUGAUGAUGGCUGCGUACUCCUCGCGAGGGACCCGAUGCCGUGAGCUUUGUCACCGCCAUCUCGGCCUGCUGUGGAUUAAAAGACGUGAAGCAGGCUAGAGCUCUGGAGGAGCUCAGUUGUUCGCAUGGAUUUUUGGAGACCAGCGUUGCGGUCCAGAACUCUCUCAUCAACCUCUAUGGAAAAUGCGCGAGCUUGAGCGAGGCCAGCUUACGGCCAACAUGGAAAUAGCUCGGAAGUCUUAAGCUUGUUCCGGAGGAUGGACUUGGAGGGCAUCGAGCUGAGCAAGGCGACUUAUGUCGCAGUUGUCAGUUCGUGCUGCAGUAAUGGAGGUGAUGCUGAGACGAGAAGAGAAAUUUUGUCACAGAUGCACACGCCAAAUGCGGGAGUUUGGAAGGGGCUCGCGCUAUCUUCGACUUCAUGCCUGAAAAGAAUGCGCGGACAUGGAAUUCGAUGAUCGGUGCUUGCAUCCAGCACGGACACAGCGACGAAGCCAUGCAAACGUUCUACGAGAUGCAGCUCGAAGGCAUCCACGUCACUGACGUGACAGUCAUCGUUGUUCUAGGAGCCUGCACAUCCGAUCAGCACCUCGACUUGGGCAACAGGAUUCAGAAGCUAGUUUCUGAAGGAAACCAUGCCCAGCCAGCGACUGCUCUUCAGAACUCUCUCGUCAACAUGUACGCCAAGUGUGGGUGCCUUGAAGCCGCAAAGAAGAACUUUGACGAGAUGGAACAGGAUACGCGAAGUGUGGUCUCCUGGAACGCAAUGAUCUCGGCCUACAUUCAAAACUCGCGGGAUGUAGAGGCCUUGGAAUUGUACAAGCAAAUGUGCCAGGCAGCAGAGCCAGAUUCCUUCACAUUCUCAAGCGUCCUCACCGCCUGCUCCAACUUGAAUGCUCUAGAGGAGGGGAAGUUGGUCCACCAUCAGGUUGAAGCCACUGGAAUGGAACUGGAUGGUGUGCUCGGGAGUGCACUCAUCACCAUGUAUGGCAAGUGCGAAGACUCCGGCAGUGCUCGCCUGGUUUUUGAGACACUGGUGGAAGAGCAGAGGACGAGCAUGGACGUCGUGUGCUGGAACGCGAUGAUCUCGGCUUACUCCCAGUGCGGCUGCAGCAGCGAAGCUUUCGAGCUCUUCUACAAGAUGGACCUGGAAGGCAUCAAACAAGUCAGUGCGAGCUUCGUCAGCAUCCUCGCAGCGUGCGACAGUUUCGACAAAGGGAUGGCACUCGAGUUACGGCUGGCUAGUGCUGGACUGGAUACGAGCCAGGAGAUUGGAGCCGCACUGAUCAACAUGCACAGCAGGUGUGGAAACUUGGACCGAGCGAGACGCGUGUUCGACAGCAUGGUGCGCAUCAACGACGUAAGAGCAUUGCGGAAUCCAAUCUGCUGGACGGCCAUGCUUGCGGCCUACUCCCACCAUGGCUGCGCUCGCCAGAGCCUGGAGCUCCUCUUCCUCAUGAGCCUCGAAGGCGUCCAGCCCAACGAGAUCAACUUCACCAGCAUUCUCAACGCGUGUAGCCAUGCAGGCCUCAGCAGCCAGGCGUGGACGAGCUUUCUAGACAUGCACACCAAGUAUGGCGUAGCUCCCGCUGCUCAGCACCUGGUUUGCUUGAGCGACAUGCUGGGGAGAGCCGGGAUGCUGGGUGAAGCGGAGGCGUUCAUCGGGACCUCGACUUACGAUGACACUAGUACCGAGGCCGAGUUCGCUGCUGUGGCAUGGAAGUCACUGCUCAAUGCUUGCAAACUCCAGGGGAAUGCCGGAGCUGGAGCUCGUGUAGCGGAGAAGCUGGCCGAGCUGGAGCCCGAGGUGGCGGCUCCUUACAUCCUCCUGGCCGGUAUCUACGCAGCUCAGACGUGACGAUGGAAAGAAAAGUUGGCCGGGAACCCAGAGUUUUAUUGCUUGGCGGCGAAGAAUAUAUCUACACGGAGGAACUGCAAAGCAAAAGCUUUCACGAAGCGAUGCAGCCCGAUGAAUCCUUCUGUGGCCGGGGAAACGUACUGAAUUUGGACGAGUCAUUGUGCUCCGGGGUCCGUUUGGCCUUGGAGUCUUCGGAAGGGCCUGGAGCCGAGUAGCCCGGGGAACUAAUCUCCAGUAGCCUCUUCUUUAUGUACUCGAAACUAGUGAAUGUGAUGACCGCCGCCGGGGUUGUUCUCAUCAAGUUGGUCGCACAGCCGCGAUAGUAGCCUCGAAUCCCUUCUUGCUUCCAGAUCUUUUGCACGCAGUCGACCACGCCAUUGUAUCUUGGAUUGGCGGAGCUUCCCUGCUCUUGUAGCCUGGAUCUCACAACCUGCUCGUUCUUACUCA